UACCUUCAGCAUACUGCCUCUAAACGGUUGAUGGAUGUGCGGCUGUCAGGAGGAAUACCAUGACAUGCUACCAGCCUUCGAGUUCAGAUUGCGCUGCUAAAUAAUGAGGUCAACUUUCUGCACGAACAGCGAAGAUCACCUCCAUGUUCAGUGAAUGGGAUGGGUUGGAGAAUUCGGAGCGGUGACAACUGAGUCUUCCUUUUAUCCUCUCUCACCCUGGUAGCACCAGUUGAAUGAGAGACGUUCAAGAAUGCGGGCAACGGUUAUUCUGGUCCAGGUGAAUCCAGGAGAAACAUUUACAAUAAGAAGAGAAGAUGGACAAUUUCAGUGCAUUACAGGUCCUGCUCAGGUGCCAAUGAUGUCGCACAAUGGUUCAGUGCCUCCUAUUUUUGUGCCUCCUGGGUAUGCCCCACAGGUUAUUGAAGACAAUGGUGUUCAGCGGGUCUUAGUGCUUCCCCAAACGGCAGAAUUUCCUCUGGGAAAUCAAGCAGUGAUACAGCAGCCUCCGCUCCCCCCCUUGCCUUUCAUCCCUCUUCCAACCAUGAUCCCUUCUUCACUUCAUCGCUUAUACUCACCAGUAACCGGAUCUGGUGAUAUGACUACUCAGUUUAUUCCACAAUAUCACAUUACCCGGGUAUAUGGCGAUUCAGAUACAGUAUCAAUCCAUGGAAGGUCUCCUUUUAGAGAUGAGCGAUCUAGUAAAACUCACGAACGAUUACAGAAAAAGUUAAAAGAUCGUCAGAGUACACAGAAUGAUAAAUUAAACAGUCCUUCCUCGUCGCCUCAAAAAUGUAUUUCUCCCACCAAUGGAUACAAUGGAUUUGCAACUGGAAAAGAUUCAAGUGAGAUAAGUCUAGGAUAUGCAAGGAGUAACUACGUGGGAGAAGAAAAAGACCAUGAUGCAGAAGAAAAGGAUGAAGAAACAAAAGCAUUUGAAGUGCUUCUCUCUAACAUCGGCAAGCCUAUGAUCAAAGAUGUCCAGGCAAGGUCGGCGGAGCUCACAUGGUCCCCUCCCUGCGAAAUUGUCAGUGGAGACAAAGACAAAUCACAGGCCUAUGCUUAUGAAGUGUUGAUUUCUAAAGGUGGAAAGGACGGAAAGUACACAUCCGUUUAUAUGGGUGAAAAAAAUCACGCCACCGUAAAUGAGCUCACGCCAGCAACCGAUUAUUAUGCAAGAGUGCUAGCACAAUGCAAUUGCAUGAAAGGAACUCCAUCUGAAGCACAAUGUUUUACAACAAUGAGCUGUGAACCUGAUCCUCCAAAUUCCCCAAUGAUAAUUCAUCGGACCAAAACUUCUCUUACUUUACAAUGGAAGGCACCUUACGACAAUGGUUCCAAAAUCAACAGUUAUCUUUUAGAAUGGGACCAGGGAAAUGGAAAUGGGGAGUUUGAACAGUGUUAUUAUGGUCAACAGAAGCAGUAUAAGAUCCCAAAGCUGUCCCCAGCAAUGGGAUUCACAUUUAGGCUGGCCGCUAAGAAUGAUUUGGGCAUGAGUGGCUUUAGUGAAGAAGUCCUAUAUCAUACCGCAGGAACUGCUCCGGGCACCCCACCAAGUCCUGUGCUGCUUGAAGCUGGAUCUACUUGGCUAUCCUUGCAGUGGGCUAAACCCGCUGGAACGCCAUCUGAUGAAGAGCUCUCUUACAGUUUGGAAAUGGAAGAUGAGGACUUGGGGUGUGGUUUCAAGGCCAUAUACAGUGGUGAUGAACUGACUUACACAGUGAAGAAUCUUCAAAGAAGCACCAAGUAUAAAUUUAGGGUCAUUGCCAGCAACUUGGAAGGUAAAAGCAAUCCAAGCAAUGUGGCAGACUUAACUACUAAGCCAGACAAACCCAGCGCACCUUUGAAACCAGCUGUCAAAGGGAAAAUCCUUCCACAAGGCGUGGCAGUAUUUUGGGAGCCGCCCACAGACAAUGGAGGAGCCGUAAUCACUAAAUAUAUUUUAGAAAUUUCUGAAGGCUUAAAUGGGAACCAGUGGGACAUCACAUACAGUGGAACUGCUAUGGAACAUUCAUGUAGUCACCUGAUUCCAGGCUGUUUUUACCGCUUACGGGUAUCCUGCGUUGGAGAAGGAGGACAAAGUGUGCCAUCUGACUCGCUGUUGUUGCAAACACCACCCAUGUUGCCUGGUCCAUGUCAGCCUCCAAGGUUACAGGGCAGACCGAGAUCAAGAGAGAUUCCACUACAGUGGGGGCCACCGGAUGUAAAUAAUGGGUCGCCAGUCAUCUCUUACAGCUUGGAAAUGUCUUCUGUAGAAACAGAUGAACCUCAAGAGGUUUACUGCGGCCCCGAUGAAGAAUUCACAGUCAGCAACUUGCUCCCUGGAACAACAUACGGUUUUCGACUGAGGGCUGCCAGUGCAGCUGGGCUUGGCCCCUAUUCGGAGAAGUGCCAGCAUUCAACAGCCCCUGCCCCCCCGGACCAAUGCCGGCCACCAGAAGUGACGUGCAGAUCUGCAACAUGCGCUGUCAUAUUUUGGGAGGUUCCCAUUAGCAAUGGAGCAGACAUCACGGAAUACCGGUUGCAGUGGGGAACUGCAGAAGGAAGCAUGAAUAUCUGUUACUGUGGGCCAGGACUCAGUUAUGAGAUGAAAGGCCUCUUGCCAGCAACUUUAUAUUACACCAAGGUUCAGGCUGUAAAUGUUGCAGGCGCGGGACCUUUUAGUGAUCCGGCGGUCCGUUUGACUCCGUGCUCUAUCCCUGCCAUGGUGACUUGCCUCCAAGAAGCUAAGGUGGAAAACCCGCUGUAUUCACCUUCCACCUGCCUUGCAAUCAGCUGGAAGAGGCCCUGCGACCAUGGGUCCGAGAUAACCGGCUACACCAUAGAUUAUGGGGAAAAGCAGCCCAUUACUGUGGGGAAGGUGGCAAGCUAUUUCAUAGAUAAUUUGCAGCCAGACACAACGUACAGAAUACGAAUCCAAGCUUGGAACAGCCUUGGAGCAGGUCCUUUCAGCAACAUAGUGAAACUGAAAACAAAGCCCCUCCCUCCUGACCCGCCUCGUCUAGAAUGUUCCGCGUAUGGUUCUCAGACUCUUAAGUUGAAGUGGGGCGAGGGGAUUGCAAGAAUGCUUUCAGAUUCCACUCAAUAUCACCUUCUAAUGGACGAUAAGACUGGACGGAUUGUGUCCAUAUACAGGGGAUCCUGUCAUACGUACAAAGUACAAAGACUUAGCGAGUCGACAUCAUACACGUUUUAUAUCCAGGCUUGCAACGGGGCGGGGGAAGGUCCUCUUUCCCAAGGAUAUGUUUUCACCACUACUAAAUCUGUCCCGCCUGCCUUGAAAAUGCUGAAAAUUGAGAGAAUCAAUGAUCACACUUGCGAAAUAACAUGGGAGAGGCUACAGCCCAUGAAAGGGGAUUCCAUUGUUUACAGUCUUCAGGCUAUGAUGGUAAAGGACACUGAAUUCAGACAGAUUUAUAAAGGCCCUGAUUGGUCAUUCCGUUAUUCGGGCCUCCAGCUGAACUGUGAAUCUCGUUUUCGGGUGUGUGCCAUUCGACAGGUCAGAGAUUCUUCCGGCCAUCGGGAUCUCAUCGGUCCUUACAGUGCCACAACAGUAUUCAUCCCUCAAAAGACAGAAUCAACAAUUGGCAAGGACAUUGUGGAAACCACACAAUGGGCUCUUAGUGAUGAACAGUGCGCCACAAUCAUCCUUCUUCUCUUUGCUGUGUUUUCCAUUUUAGUUACCUUUAUAAUUCAGUACUUUGUAAUAAAAUGAGAACGCCGAUUUGCUUUUCACCACUGCUUGUUACCUUUUGCAUUGAUCAUAAUGUUUAAAAAUCAUUUUAGU